AGAAGUACAGCUUGGUAGGGCGAGCGUGCCGCUGCCAAGAUGGGUUACGGCGGGCGCGGGAAAUCCAAAGGACGAGGCUACCGGGUACGAGAAGUGGAUUGGGGAAAGUCAUGGUCCAACGGUCGCAAAGGCAAGGGCAAGGGCAAGUCCUACAAUCAGUCCUACCGUGGUGUGUGGCGCACCGUCAGCAAGCCAAAGGGCGGCCGCAAGGGCUACGGUCGUGGCAAAGGCCGUGGUAGAGGCGGAAGCAGCUACGGCUAUGGCAGGGGGAACUACCGCACGGGGUGGAGCUAUGGCAGGGGAAGCUGGGGCAAAGGCAAAGGCCGAGGAAAAGGCCGUGGAAAGGGCAAGGGCAAGGGCAAGGGCAAGAGGCAGCAGGUGACGAAGGAGAUGCUGGACAAGCAGCUGGAGGAGUACAUGGGCCCUGAUGCCAUGAAGGCCAUGCUCGAUCUGGAGCUAGAGGCCUACUUCAAGGACAAAGAAGCCUUAGAUGCCAAGGUCGAAAAAGCUGAAAAGCCCUGAGCGCGCGUCCAGGGGAGCCGCCGCACGACUUGCAGGGAACAACCUUGAACAUGUCAAUGGGGACGGCAACGGGCCUGUCAACUCUGUGU